AUGAAGAGUAUAAUGGCAGCCAAAUCACCUCAUGACUCUUCUUUCUCCUUCUCUACAAGGUAUUUCCAUUGGAAAAAGAAGGCUUUGUACGAGGACGAUGAAGAAAAAAUCCUCAACAUAAGUUCAUCCUCACAUUUUGUUGAGGAUGACAAUGAUGAUGUUGGCGGAAACAAAGAACAAGAUCAUCAUAAUCAACUUAGAAUCCAAAUGCCGGUAGGAAUGGCUACUCUUGAAAAGAACAAGAAUUCAAAAUCAAAGUUCAAGUCAGCACUAACCAUUCUUACAAAGAAUCAUUCACUUCACAGUUCUACCACACGAAUGGUGGGUACCCUUUUCGGCUAUCGUCGUGGACAUGUCCAUUUUGCGUUCCAACAGGACUCAAGGUUAAGCCCUGCAUUUUUGAUUGAGCUAGCAACACCAACAAGUGUUUUGGUUAGGGAAAUGGCUUCUGGGGUGGUGAGGAUUGCAUUGGAAUGUGAGAAGAAAUCAAAAGGUUUGAAGUUGCUUGAGGAACCCAUUUGGAGGAGUUAUUGCAAUGGAAGGAAAUGUGGUUAUGCAUAUAGACAUGAAUGUGGGUCAGAGGAAUGGAAGAUAUUGAGAGCUGUGGAGCCUAUUACAAUGGGUGCUGGUGUGUUACCAAUGCCAAGUAAUGAGAAUGGAGCUGAGUUUGAAGGUGAGAUAAUGUAUAUGAGAGCUAAGUAUGAGAGAGUUGUUGGUUCUAAGGACUCUGAAGCUUUCUACAUGUUAAACCCUGUUGGUAGUCGUGCUCCUGAACUCAGCAUUUACUUGCUUAGAGUUUGA